AUGGAUGCACCUGAACACGCGCAUGGCAUGCAGCUUACGUCUCCAAAUCCAGGCAGAGAUUCCCGCGACGCGAAUCACCCGCUAUCCACUCCUCUCAAAACCGAGUCUGCCCAUACUAUUUCGCCUCUUGAGUUGAAGACCCCAGUGAAGGAACAAGAGGACACCGACGAUGAAGACUUUAAUGAUGGCGCGGCGGCAUACAAGAAGUUUAAGGAGCGGAAGUCACUCAAGCGCAGACAGAGCGCGGCCUCGACUCGCAAGGAGAAAGUCCCGAAAGAGGAGGUUAUUGUUGGUCGGGUGAAACAGGAGCGACCUACGCCCCGAGUCAAGAGGCCGCGGAGGCAAUAUGGCGACGUAUCCUCGGAAGACGAGUUGAUGGAACAUACGCUCCCCGACUAUCUAAAGCGCCGCCGAGUCCAGUUUGACCGGAAGAAAGAACACUUGCGCGUGCACGGGCUGAAGGUACCACCCUCCUACGACGGCGUGGAAUUCUCCGACGACGAACGUCUUGAGCAUCUUCAAGAAAGGCCUGCAUUUCCAGACAGGCAACCCACCCGCGCGUAUCAGGAUAUCACGCUUCCAUAUUCUCUUGGUUUGAUCCCCGCCCCGAUUGCGCAAUGGCUACGCCAAUAUCAGGUGGAGGGAGUGGCUUUCCUGCAUGAGCUGUUUGUCUACCAGAAAGGUGGAGUCCUGGGAGACGACAUGGGCCUUGGAAAAACAAUCCAGGUGAUUGCCUUUCUCGCAGCCGCCUACGGGAAAACCGGCGACGAGCGAGACGCUAAACGGAUGCGCAAGAUGCGCAGGCUCGAGACUGAUGCGUGGUAUCCGCGCACCUUGAUCGUGUGCCCCGGGACUCUGAUCUUAAAUUGGAAGGCCGAAUUCGCCCGUUGGGGUUGGUGGCAUGUCGAUGUUUACCACGGCGACAGCAAGGAGCUCGCCCUCCACGCCGCCAGGUCGGGAAGGGUGGAGAUUCUGAUCACAACCUACAACACCUACGUGCAAAAUAAAGAUUCGGUGAAUAUGGUUGAGUGGGACUGUGUGAUUGCCGACGAAUGCCACAAAGUCAAAGAGCGCAAAUCCGAAACGACCAAGUCAAUGAACGAAAUCAACGCCCUGUGUCGAAUUGGCUUGACUGGCACCGCGAUCCAAAACAAGUACGAAGAGCUGUGGACUCUGCUCAAUUGGACGAAUCCUGGAAUCCUCGGUCCAGUGACAACCUGGAAGGCGCAAAUCUCAGAGCCGCUGAAGAUCGGUCAGUCGCACGAUGCGACCCAAAGUGAACUCAGCAGAGCCCGGAAAACAGCCAAAAAGCUGGUCGAAAACCUUCUGCCCCAGUUUUUCUUGCGCCGCAUGAAGACUUUGAUUGCAGAUCAGCUGCCCAAAAAGAGUGACCGUGUCGUCUUCUGUCCUUUGACCGAGACCCAGGCAGAGGCCUACGAGACCUUCUUGGACAGCGAUAUUGUUGAAUGCAUCAAAAGCUCGACGGAACGGUGCGGUUGUGGGUCAGGGAAGAAGAGGGGUUGGUGCUGCUACAGACUGAUUCCUAGUAAGGGGGAGCCAUGGCAGGCCUAUGUCUUCCCUACUAUUACUGUGCUGCAAAAGCUCAGUAACCACCUAGCCAUCUUGAUUCCGCAGGGCAAUGAUCCUCGGGAAAAGCAGGAAAAGGACAAGGAAAUGCUGGAGAUUACAAUGCCUGAGCAGUGGGAGAAUCUAUACCGCACGCGAGACUCGAUUAUCAAUUUCGCGAAUCCCGAGUUUUGUGGCAAGUGGAAGGUGCUACGGAAGCUACUCAAGUGGUGGCAUGCGAACGGAGACAAAGUCCUUGUGUUUUCGCAUAGCGUGCGACUACUGAAGAUGUUGCAGAUGCUAUUCAAGCACACGAGCUAUAACGUCAGCUACCUGGAUGGGUCAAUGCGCUAUGAAGACCGCGCGCAGGUCGUGGACGAGUUCAACUCAGACCCCCGACAGUUUGUGUUUCUCAUCUCCACCAAAGCCGGUGGUGUCGGGCUGAACAUCACUUCGGCAAACAAGGUGGUGAUCGUCGACCCUAACUGGAACCCGUCUCACGACCUUCAGGCCCAGGAUCGGGCAUACCGUAUUGGACAACAUCGCGACGUGGAGGUUUUCCGGUUGAUAUCCGCUGGCACGAUUGAGGAGAUUGUAUACGCCCGCCAGAUCUACAAGCAACAACAGGCAAAUAUUGGGUAUAAUGCCAGCUCUGAGCGCCGGUAUUUCCGAGGCGUGCAAGAAAAGAAAGACCAAAAGGGCGAGAUCUUUGGUCUACAAAACCUGUUCUCAUACCAGAACGAUAACAUUGUUCUGCGCGAUAUCGUCAACAAAACCAACGUCGCCGAGAGUCGAGCCGGGGUGCAGGUCAUGGAUAUCGACGUUGAAGAAGACAACUUUGAAGGCGAUGGUGAGAGACCUAUCAAGGCCGACGAUGAGGCUAUGAACCAGCUGGCCGCUAUGAUACGCGGCGAUGAGGACGGCCCGAAACCUGAUGUUAAAUCCCAUCAUCCGACCCCUCGUGGGCACGACCCAGUGCAGGCGAUUCUCGCCGGCGCCGGCGUUGAAUAUACCCACCUCAACAACGAGGUCAUCGGCUCCUCUCGAGUAGAAGAGCGAUUGAGCCGUCGCGCCCAGCUCGCUCCAGAUGACUCCGCGGCCGAUCUCCAGGUCUUCGAGCCCUCGCAAGGCCUUCACGCAGACGACGAAGACCCUUUUGCGUCCCCUCGAACCCCGCCCCCCACCAUGGGGGCUCCCACGUUGUUCCGGGGUCUGGAUGGCCACCCCGUUCGGUUUCGAUACCAUCCACCGCCCGACGUGAUGCGCCGCCAGUUUUGUAGCAUGGCACGCUGGUUUGGGUAUGCGGAUGCCACCGAUUUUGCGCUCGUCGUCGAGGGCAUGACCCAGGCUCAGCGGAGGGCCUGUCUCGAGAGGUGGUAUCGGGAGAGGCGGGAUGUUUUGCUGCCCAAGGAUGAGUGA